AUGUCUGGUAUAGAGAUUAUUGGAGUGGUUCUGGGAACGAUUCCGUUGAUUAUUUCAGGACUGGAGCAUUACCAGAAAUGUGUAAAGACCAUCAAGGACACAAAGCAUGCCGCGGCUGAAUUCGAAGUGGUGGUGCUAAAGCUCCAGACCGAACAGCUCAUGUUCCGCAAUACACUGCAGAUUCUUCUCAGUGAAUGUCUUGAGCAUGAUACGCAAAAGCAGCUUCUUGACACAUUGGACCAGGGCUGGGACAGCGACAAAGUCCGCACGGCUUUGAAGCAAAGACUUCAAGGUUCGUACAUGCUGUACAUCGAACAUGUACAGGGCAUUGCAAGAACGUUGAGCGAGUUCAUGGAACGUCUUCAUCUCGGGCCUAAAGGAGAAGUACCAUGCAAAGCCACGGCCGUCUCGUUCCGGAAAGCAUACAAGCGAUUCGGCUUCGCGUUGAGAAAGUCAGGCUACCUCGAUCUGAUCAAAGAGAUUAGAGACGAUAACGUGGUGUUGGAGAGACUCACAGGUCAGACUCGCGCUUUGCAAGCCUGUUUAAAAUCACGCAAACUUCCAGAUUUCGAAAGCAUAAGGAUACGCGCCAGCAGUGUCUUUAAUGGCCUUCAAAGAGCUCUGCAGACAUCCUGCUCUGAGCCGCACAGAGUCAGUAUGUACCUCAAACCGACGGUGGAAGAAACGUACAUGGAGGAAAAGACCUCAGCACUCUCCGAGGGGACUUCUUUCAGGAUUGUGCUGCACCAUGAAGUAGUGCAUCCAAAGCAGAAAGUGCCUCGCUGGUCGAUUGAGGAAGCCGAGAUCAAGCUGAUUGAGACGACGGCGCCCGUCUCGGUCGCGACGCACACCGUUGUAACAGCGACCAGCACAUCGUUUGUACGUACGCAAAGUCGAAUGGUCACUUUCGAACCGCCAAAGUCGAUCCAGAGCACCGCGUCUUCCACGACGCAAAUCCAAAACAUUACAGAAAUACACGAUCUUUGCGAGAGCAUCCACAGUAUUGGGACGAUGCAAUGCGGAAGUUGCUUGGGCUAUGUCCUCGCAGGUCAGCAUAGGCAUUGCUUGUAUUCACCGACAAUCCGGCUUAUCGAUCAUUCGCCUCUAUCGAUUCAGUCUCUAGCCGGCGUUCUGGAGAAGCAGCAAUCCUAUCGAUUAACAGGGGCAGAUGCUCGCCGCCUCGCAGUCCCUCUGGCGACCGGUAUGCUUUCGCUUCGGGACACUCCCUGGCUGCAGAACAUGUGGAGCAGAAAGGACAUCACCUUGAUCAGUAAAGACGGCAAGCUCUUAUCUCAGCAUCCAUUCAUCUCUCAAGAUGUGAAGCUCCAAGCUCAAACGACAGCUGCAUGUUUGCCACGAGGAGUAGCUGCAAUGCUGAUAAAGAACCAGGCUCUGUUUUCUCUCGGCAUCGUUCUCAUCGAGCUGUGCAUGGGAAAGUCAAUUGACGACUUACAUGAGCAAGAUGAGUUGAACGCGGAUGGAUCCAAGGGCGAGCUCUCCGACUUCCAGACCGCUGAUCGGCUACUGAGAAUGGAAAUCAUCAGUGACAAGUUCGGAAAGCGGUGGAGUGAUGUUGUUCGUCGUUGUAUACAUUGCGAACUCGACGAGGCAAAGAAGAGCCUGGAAGACCUGGGGUUUCGAAAGGCCGUGUACAACAAAGUUCUGCUUGAGCUUGAAGAAGAUUCCAGGCAAUUCUUUGGCCUGUGA